UGCACAGUCAAGAAUUCAAACCCCAAAAAUCUGGUGUCUCGCAAGUGGUCCAUGAGAGUGGUCCACGAGAGUGAUCCGCGAAGGUAGUCCACGGACCUGGGGUCCGCGUUUUGUCGUUUCCCAUCAACACAAGCUUGUUUUGCUACUUUCAUACAAAAUCAACUCAAAAUAUACAAGAAUUACUGUUACUGGACGAAUAUCCUCAGUAAAUUUGAAGAAAUGAAGCAGCUACAUUGUGAAUGAAAGCGUACAGAGGUUAGUUUUAAAAUACCUUUUAUAAUUAUAUGAAUUAAAAUAACAUAUCGAGUCAUUGUUUAUAAUUUGGAUUAAAAAUAUUUCAUUGUCACUUGUCUUCCUACUUUAAAACGUAUAAAACUUCUCGACAAGUCGCCGGGGAAUGCUCUUGACAAAAUUGACAUUUAAAACUGUUCCUUAAUUCGUAUAAUUAUAAAAGUAGCCUCAAGGUAUUUUAAAACUAACCUCAGUAUGCUUUUGUUCACAAUGUAGCUGCUUCAUUUCUUCAAAUUUCCUGAGAAUAUUCGUCCAGUAACAGUAAUUCUUGUAUAUUUUGAGUUGAUUUUGUAUGAAAGUAGCAAAAUGAGCUUGUGUUAAUUAAAGUCUGAGGCUCUCCACUCCUUCAGAGUUGUAAAUCCUGUUUCGCGGCGUUAUAAAGCCAUAAUACUCCAAAUUUUUUGCUCAAAAUUAUUCUUGUAUGCUUCUAUCGUUGUGAUUGUAAAAUUGGCCCGGUCGGAAACAUAGCCAAGGUAAAAAAAAACAGGAAAAACUACCGUCUGUAAUACAAAUCUAUACAAAAGUGGGGGCCCAGAAUCGGGUGGCGGCCGGUUACUUCCGGCUUCACUUUGUAUUAUAGAUGCGUUAUCCAGUCUUAUUUCAGAUCAGUGGCUCGAUUAUUUAAGUCACUUCACUGUUGGAAGUACAAUAUAAAAUAUAACCAUUUCCUCCCUUUCUAAAGAAGCAGAAAAUAAGUAGAGUUUAAAAGUACCUGGAGUUUUUUUCGUCGAAGUGUCUAUUCAGCCGGCUAUUUAGUAAACUGCCGGCUAUUUAGUAAACUGCUGGCUAUAUAUAGUGUCUAUAGUUACAUAUAGAAACUUUUGUUUGUGCUAGUUUUUACAGAGCUUGCCGGUAGCGUAUAUGGUAAAGGCGUUGCGUGCGGAAAGUGAAACCCAGGUCGGGUUGUGUUUUGUCUGUCUUAUAGAGCUGUGCGGUUCCAAACUAAAUUAUCAACUAUUUGAGCACUUUGCACAGUGCAUAUUGUGCACAAAGAGCACAAUCUUGUUAUUUUCCAAACAUUUCAACCUGCAAUCAGGCGUUUCGCGGGCAGAAAUUAAAACCGAAACUACCGGUUCUUUUGCGUAUAAUUUUUCAGUGCUAAAAAAGUACCGGAAGCACUGUGCUGUUAACCGCACAGCUCUACUGUCUUAGCAUAUUUUUUUACUUAAACUUUUUUAAACUUUUUUUUCCACCUUUUCUAACUCUCAAAAUGUUAGGUUAGGGUUAGAGAAGGGAUUGGGGUUGUGAUCGGUUUAUCUUAUAAAAAUUCAACUAAGUUUACUGAAUAGCCGGCUGUAUAGACACUUCGUUUUUUAUUGGAUAAUAUCUUCAUUGUUUGCAGUGAUAGUCAGGUAAAACCCAACAUAGAUUUUUGCUGCCAAGGCAACACUCCUAAUCUUGACGUGAAGGCACAGAAUAAAGACAUACAGAAGAUCGACGUGCGUAACCGCUACCACACCAUGAUUCAUCAUCAAAAUGCUGACGCCAUGGGCCUAUAUUUAACAUUUUUUAGUAAAUCAAAGGUGCUAACUAAAGGUGUUUGAUUUCAGUGGGUAACUCUCGCUGAAGUUAGUUGCUAAUGCUGAUACAGGUUUUUUACCAAUGUUGGUUUUGGAUUCUUCCAAUGUUCUACAGUAUAUUAGUAAGAAUACUGUUGAUAGCAACGUGCAUUAUUUGGCUUUUUUUUGCUCCAAUAAAUUCUCCAUUCCACGCCUCAGAGGCAGGGGCGGCGCUACAGGGGGUGUGGGGGGUGGAACACCCCCCCCCCCCCACUCGUCAGCUAAUCGGCAAAUUGUUAUCUCAGUCGGCAAAACUGGAUUGGCUAAUGAUAACCACUGAAGAAACCAAAAUUGACCUCCCGAAUAAUUGAAUUCAAACCGAAUAUCACGAAUAGCAUGCGUCAAAGAAACCACACAUGCAACAAUGCAAAUUUUUUCGAAUACAGUAUCUUCACUUCUGGCAGCUAGUCCAAAAACAUAAUAUUAUUGAAAUCAUAAUUAGGUAAUUAAAUUUGUUUGGUGGUGGUUGUUGUUGUUGUUGUUGUUGUUGUUGUUGUUGUUGUUGUUGUUGUUGCUUAUUAUACUGUUCUAUAAAAGAGGCAAUAAAGUCGGUUUUCUACUAGCGAAUUUUCUCACACGAAGCGACCUUUUUCCUUUGUCGGUAUCACUUAUUACGUCAGCAAGACGUGGCAAAAUCAGUCCUCGAAAACGAGGUCGGCAAUCGGCAAUGCCGGGCUAAAUGCAAAUUUUUGCAUUUAGCCAAAUAAACAAUAUUAUUAUUAUUAUUUUUAUUAUUAUUAUUAUUUUUACUAUUUGUUUAUUUGUUUAUUCUGUUUAUUAUUACCUUAAUUCAACCAAAGUAAGAAUUUUUUAUGCUGAUAGCUUUUAAAAUGUCAGCGAUUAUAGAAUUCGAUUCGUAGUUCGAUUAACUGAACACACUAUGGUGUAAGGUUUAAAAACUGACGGGUAUUGUGUAUAUACGUUAGAUGUUUGAAGAUCAAAUUUCGCACGUCUGGAGUUAAAAUUUGGCUCCAACUUUCGAAUUUUCCGGCUGGAGGUAACGUUCCAGUUAUCCGAUUUCAAUGAUUCGUAAAUGCGUGAUUAAUAGUGCUCCAAGACGUGGAACAGAUUUUAAGAAAUGCCGAGAUGUGCCGACCCAGGUCAGAUUUAGGUCGGCUCUCUUUUGCCGACCUCAAUUUUGACGGUUUUGACUUUUCGAGGGCUGCAAAAUGGAUGCCGACAGGAAUUUUGGGUUUUCUGAUUAUGCGUGUCUCAGAAUGAUGCAAAUGCCAUUUCCGGGAUUCAAAUUUAAAAAUUUUCCGUGCCUAGGGCACGAGCCUCCCACCCCCCAAUAUUUUCAUAGAAUGUCCGCUACUUGCACACACGGUGGGCUUAAAAGGUCUUAAAACUGUUUAUUCUACUGAUAAAUAAAGGGGGUUUUAUUGACUGGGAUUUCAAUAACUCGGACUGGGAUUUCUAAUAAAAAUCCAACUGGGACUGGGAUUUUGCCAAAAUAUCAGGUGGAAAAUGGAAUUGGGAACCCCCCCCCCCCUUUCAGGACCCACACUAUAGGCUAAUGACUCGGCAAAAUUACCAAACAACAGUCGGCAAAAGAUCACUCACACACCCCACACACCCCCCCCCACACUCGAAGAGGUUCAGCGCCGCCCCUGCUCAGAGGAAUAAAGCAACGUCUUAUUAAAUGGCCCUGAGUGAGCAACAUGUGAUGCCAAAACUAUCUUCCUUGCAUACAGUGCAGCCUAAUCCCAGUCUUUAGGAUACUGUGUAACACCUUGGCAAGUGGUGAUGCCACACUUAGGUUCCAUGCAGCAUGUAACACUUACUAAAAUGCAACAAUAAUUUUAGGUAUUUUUUUUUGUUUUCUAGUGUGGGUGGUAAUGGCCGCGACACAUCGCUUGCAUCCUGUACACACUGGUCGUACUGAAUCUGAUGCAGUGGCAGUUGCAAGUGAGAAACCAUGUAGUAGCUGCCUUGAACCUUUAUCCCAACUUGAGAAACCUGCAUUUCACUGUAAUCAAUGUGACUACACUGUAUGUGGGGCAUGUGAUAAACCGAAGUCCCAUCCUGUCCAUCCGGAUCAUGGUGUGCUCUAUAUUACCCCUAUAUCGCCAUGGAAUUGUGACGUGUGCAAGCGGAAAAGUGAAAAAAUCCAGGAGAUACAGCACUACCAUUGUGAACAGUGUGGCUUUCGCAUAUGUAAGAAAUGUUACACUGGUGUAACCAGUCCACUUCAUGUGCAUUGUUUGUAUCGUACUGAUGUCUCGUAUGUUUAUCAUCAAUCAAAGGGAGAGUGGACCUGUGAUGUGUGUAGUAACAACAAUGGACCAGGACACUUGUAAGACAUUAUAUAUUUGAUGCAGCUUAUUUGAUUAAGGUCAAGGAUGUACUCAAUUGAAUACAUGACCACUAACACAUUAGCACUGUAUAGAACUGCCUCUUUUGUUAAUAAAUUCCAGUUUUGUUUAUCUAGGACAAAUUUAAUUCACGAAUUCCACAAUCUCAAGGACACAAAUAUGCAUCGUUUUUAAAACAACAAAGCAAUUCUGACAUGCAGUGCUAAUCUAUGGGGUUGUGUUCUUCACAUUGAUCAGUCCUCUUAAGGUGAAAACUCACAAAUACAAAAAAGUGCAUGACUUUUGUUUAUCAUUAUUCCCCUAUACGAGUUUGCAUUUUGCACAACACAAUUUCCAUGCCAUUAUUCAUACUUUAUAAAAUAUAUACGAGACUCAUGAAUGUAUCUGAUUAGAGGUUGAUGUUUUUUGGUGCCGAGUUUUAACUUUCAAAGAACAACCAUUGAUUAUAACCAUUGCAAGACAACCAUGAUUGAAGAUUGCCAAAAACAUGCGACAUCUUUCCUCGCAACUUACUAUUUGUUGGGGGUUUUUAACACACGCCUUUACCCUUUAUUACUGUACCAUGCAAGGACUUUCUUUUUGAUGAGGGAAAUUAUCUGAUGUUAGUGAUGCUUAAUUUGCAAGUCCCCUCAGUAGAUAAUGAAUUAAGCGGGGUGAUAGAACAUAAAUUAUUUUAUACUGUAAGUAGCAAACAUAUAUCUUGACACUUACAGUGAAAAUACAAAAAGUGUCCCACUUCCGCUUCUGUAAUUUGUUGUGAUUUACUGUAAUUUGUUCUGUUUUUCUGUAGCGAUUACCGAUUUAUCGGCAAAUACCGCGAUAAAACUUAGUUUUUUUCUAUUUUUAAAUAUGAUAAUUUGUAGCAAAGGGAAAUAAUACAUUUUUCGUUAGUUUCAUUGCACAAAAGGAACGGAAUUUAAAUUUUAUCGCAGUAUUUGCCGAUAAAUCGGUAAUCGCUACAGAAAAAACAGAACAAAUUACAGUAAAUCACAACAAACUACAGAAGCGGAAGUGGGACACUUUUUGUAUUUUCACUGUAAAUAUAGAUAUGAAUUAAACUAGUACUUUUCAAUUAUUGCUAUAGCGUUUCCUGCUGUACCGUGUUCACCUUACAAUUCUUUGAAAAUAUAUGUUUGAAUUGCUUUAGUUUUCCAGCACACUGCUCGUCAUGUCAGUUUGAUCUUUGUGACAACUGUAUCAAGCCAUACAGAUCGACAUUUCAUCCAGGACAUAUAAUGUAUAAAGCGGAUUCAAACCUCGUGUAUCCUAGAUUUUACGGCGGAUGGCGUUGCGAUAGAUGUUCACGAAGUUUUAUUCCGCAAAUGAACAACGUUCCCUUUCAUUGUUCCCAGUGUGAGUUCGACUUGUGUGAUAGCUGUAUGAAAACUACUGGUGAUGCGUCAAAUGCAGGUACGAUUUCUAAUUAUGGCAUACACAACUUUAAAAAUGACCAAUAAGAAGUAAGAAUGCAUGCAGUUCAUGUGAAGGCUGGGUAAGUAAAUACUUGACCCAUGCUGCGUGCACCUUUCCGUGAAAAUGCACUUAUGAAAAUACAAUAAAACAACAAUUAGCCUAACGAGUUCAUUCAAGAUACAAUGAAAGACAUAUUAUUUUGCAGAAUUAUACAAUUAUUUUCUAUUAUUUAGCCAUGUCAGUCAACGUUAAAUACACAGCAUUAUCAAUGAAUGUUCACAUUUUGCUGAGUUUCUAUAUGGAUCUGGCUAAAUAGGGGACUUAUUUUUUAAACUAAUUAGGAGGAGAGGUUAAGUUAUAGAUUACAAGGUGUAGACCCAAUCAAUGGAGUUAAUGCAAACGGGAAAUCGAGAUCUAUGCAAGGCACAGCCCUUAAAUAUAAUUGUAACUAUAGAUAUACUUAAUCUCGCGUGAGUGACCAAGUGCAUAUAUUCGCGUCUAGAUCGAUUAUUUUGCAAGAUACAAACUGUUCAAUGUGCAAAACACAGUAUUACCCGGCAAAAUCAGGCAGGUGGCUUGCGGUCCCCAGACUGGUAGUCCGUAACCCACAUGCCCUCUCACCUUUGCACUAUUCGUGGGAUCUUUGACUCUGAGUUGGAGGGUAAAUAUGCCUAACCUGGGUUAAGUUCUGUAUCACUUUAAUACAUUCAAUAAUUCACACUAUAUCUUCCCUUUAGUUGGCUAUGAUGUAGCAAGACCAGCCAGCCAAGGUUUGUAGUAUAACCUGAUAUUUUUACGAUUACGGAUAUAAGCGUGUUGUGUUAGUUGACAUUUUAACUGAAGGCU